AUGCUGAACGCGCCGAGCGCGCGGCGGCUCGAGAGCGCGGUGAACAUCGCGGACCUGCGACUCGCGGCGCGGCAGAGAGCGCAUCGGAUGGUGUUCGAUUACCUCGACGCCGGCGCGGACGACGAGAUCACGCUGCGACGGAACAAGGACGCGUACAGCUCCCUGGAGCUCCACCCUCGAGUCCUCGCCGGCCUCAAGCCGCCGCUCGACCUGAGCGCGCGGUUCAUGCGCUCGGAGUGCGCGCUCCCGUUCUUCGUGUCGCCGACGGCGGGAAGCAAGAUGUUCCACGCCGACGGCGAGCAGGGCGUCGCGCGAGCCGCGGCGAAGCACGGCGUGAUGUACUCCCUCUCCACCAUGGGCACGUCCGCGCCCGCGGAGGUCGCGGCCGCGAUCCCGCCGAAGCACCCGAAGCUCUUCCAGCUGUACGUCUGGAAAGACCGCGCGCUCGUCCGCGACAUGCUCAGGCAGGCGAUGGACAACGGGUUCGACGCGCUCGCGCUCACCGUCGACCUGACGUGGUACGGCAACCGCGAGCGAGACGUGCGCAACGGCUUCACGGUCCCGCCCGCGUACACGCUCAGACAGAUCGCGGACGCGGUCCGCGCGCCCGCGUGGAGUUGGGACUUUCUCGCGAACGAGGAGUACGCGUACGCGGCGGUGAAACUCGCCGCCGAAGGCGCGUUCUAUACACUGGUGGCGUUCAUACGCGACGCGUUCGAUCCGUCGUUCGACUGGGACGACGCGGAGUGGCUCGUGAACGAGUGGGGCGAUCGAGGCCCGGUCGCGUUGAAAGGCGUGUUGACCCCGGAGGACGCGCGUUUGGCGGUGGAACGCGGAUUCGACGCGGUGUGGGUAUCGAACCACGGCGGUCGGCAGCUCGAGACGUCCCCGGCGGCGAUCGACGUCUUGCCGAACAUCAGGGACGCUCUCGGGGGCACCGGGCUCGCCGUGGAGCUCGUGGUCGACGGCGGCGUGCAGAGAGGCACGGACGUCCUGAAGGGCCUCGCGCUCGGCGCGGACGCGGUGGCGCUGGGGAAGCCGUAUCUCUACGGGCUCGGCGCGGGCGGCGAGGCGGGGGUGGACAGGGCGUUUACCAUCUUGCGCGACGAGCUCGAGCGCGCGUUCGGGCUGCUCGGGGUCGGGACGACCGCGGAGCUGAGGCGGAGGAUCGGGCGCGGGGAGGGGUUGGUCAGGAGGCGGGGGGUGAGCGCGCGGGACUUUCCCGACCCGGGCGCGGCGGAGAGAGGUUGGGGGGGAGGGAUCUUCUAG